AUUGUUUGUUCAACACUCAAAACCAUUUAGAUCUAAACCUUUCUAGUUUGAUGAGUUCCUCCACUGGAAUGGCGACAGCUUUAGUUUCCAGACUCACCAAAGGACGUUCAUUGCUUGGAGGUCUUACCAAUGCUUUCUCUGGUUUGAUGAGUUCCUCCACUGGAAUGAUGAGUGGAAGCACCCUGUCUCAGCAGCAACAAAGGACGUUCAUUCAAAUGGGAACGAGACUCAAAGUGGUGGAUAACUCGGGUGCAAAGGAGGUGGUGUGCAUUCAAUCUCUAAGGGGAAAGAAAGGAGCAAGACUUGGCGAUAUCAUCAUUUGUUCAGUGAAACAGGGAUUACCAGAAAAAAAGAGAGGGAAAUUUGAUGCCGUACCGAUAGGUAAAAAGUUCAACUGGAAAGAUCACAUAGAUUCAGGUAAAGUGCGCAAAGGGAAUGUCGUCUACGGUGUGGUUGUUCGUGCUAAGAUGCAGAAAGGUCGUGUUGAUGGAAGCCAAGUGUGUUUUGAUGACAACGCCAUCGUUAUUUUGGGAAUUAAGGAACCCACGAAAGAGUAUUCGGGUGGUUUCUACCAACCGAUUGGUACCCGUGUGUUUGGUCCUGUCCCGCACGAGCUGCGUCUCAGAAAACAGCUCAAGAUCCUUGCUUUGGCUCAGGACCUUGUUUGAGGACUAUACACCACUCUUGCACCAGCUCCUAUUAUUAUUAUUCUCUCUUUAUA